GCCAUUUUCAUUCUUUUCUCUAUUCUUGCCGUCAUAUGGCGUAUUAGUGUGUUCGUUUGGCCGCCAUAUUAAAUGAAAUCAAUAAAAUAAGACAAAAUGUCUCCUUACUAAGUGUGUGAAAUUAAUCCAUUAACAUCUAGUUUUUGUGUGAUUAAAACAUCAAGAGGAUCAUAAUGGAGAAUUCCUACGGUGUGGGAAUUGAUAAUAGAUAUGCUCUUUUCUUGGACGAUGAGUCCGAUCCUCUUGAUGCGUUAAAAGCUCGAGAGCAAGCGAAAGAGCUUAAAAAAAAGACCAAAGAGGCCGAAAAAGAAAAUAAGGGUAAACCUGAAAUCAAACCUAAGGGCGGCAGUGUCGUCACGAGGAAGGGUAUCAAGGAAACUCAAAAUGUGAAGUCUCAAGAAAAUAAAAGUGGCGAACCACAAAAACCCAAGGGUCCUCCAAGAACAAAUGAUCGUAACGUAGAACGUCCACCGCCGAGACGCCGCGAAGAGCGCCCACAAAACGGAGCCGUUGAAGGCAAGGAGGGCGCUAGGCCCCUCCGCCGUGAAUUUGGUGACCGAAGGCCUAACUUUGAGCGACGUAAUUUCAGCGAGAAUCCUGAAGGAGGUGAACGCCGUGGACCUAGGCCCCCACGCGAACCACGUGACGGGCAACGUGGGCCCAGGCCGGGUUACGACGGCCGCGGAAAACGUGAGUUUGACAGGAGAUCGGGCUCUGACAAAACGGGUGUUAAGCCUGUGGACAAACGUGAAGGGGCCGGUCCCCACAACUGGGGCACGAUCAAGGACGACUUAGACGAAUUGAACAAAACCGGAUCCGAAGGUGAUGUCGCUGAAGAGAAACCGGCGGACACCGCUGCCGCUGGGGACGGACAGCAGCCUGAGCCGGAGCGUGCGCCUCCUGCAGAAGAAGAACCGCGUGAGCUAACACUCGACGAGUACAAAGCGCUGCGUAACGCUCAGCGUACUGCUCCUCAGUAUAACCUACGUAAGGCGGGUGAGGGUGAAGACUUGAGCCAGUGGAAGAAUCUGGUCUUGUUGGAGAAGAAGAAGGAAGGUGGAGAAGAUGACGAGAGCGACGAGGAGUACGACAUCGCAGAUUACCCGCAGCGUGUCGGACGACAGAAGCGCGUGCUCGGCAUCGAGUUCACGUUCAAUGAUAACUCGCGGCGCGGCGGCACAGGAGGUCGCGGGCGCGGGCGCGGACGCGGUCGCGGAGGCGGCGGUGGUGGCGCUGGCGGCGCCGGUGGCCGUGGGGCUCCACGUGAGGAGCCUCCGCCAGUGGAGGAGCGGCCGGUGGUGCGCAACCAGGUUGUACCGCCUAAGGUGGACGACAACAAGGAUUUCCCCUCUCUCAGCUAGACUCGCAGUGAGUCUCCGUUCUUCUCCCCUUUUGAAAGUACGAUAGAGAUACAAAUUAAAAAUUGUAUGUACCGUUAUUUUUGAAGUAAAUAUACAAAAUAUUUACAAAGGUGUGUAUUAUAUUACAUUGAGUUUUAGUAAUUUUUUGACAUACAGUCGUAGCCUACGGGUGAUGUGCAGAAAGUUUUAAAAUUUUAAAAAAAAGGGGAAUUACUUCUCUUAUGAGCUCCUGGUGAUGCUCAGGUGUAAGGGAGGGGGAGGACAAUUGUUUUAAUUUUGCAAACACAUAGCGACCGUAACGCAUAUAUGAAUCUAUCAUAACAGUAGCUUGUAUUGUAAUCACAUCUGCUUACAACUUAACUUGAGUUAUUAUAUCCAAUAAGUUUUACAACUUGCAGACUGUGACAAUAAUGGAUUAACUCUGUCACAAUUUAGCUUAGAUUACAUUUGUGAAGAAAAUAACCCAUUGCAUUUUGUAUCACGAGUUUGUGUCGACAGGUGCAGACUUUAAAACUGUAAAUAGUUAUAAAUGUUUAAAAGAUAAGGUCUUUAAUAACAAGGUUGAUUUUGUUGUUACACAAACUUCUUGAAAAAUAAACAUUUUGUAUGUGUGAA